ACUAUAGACAAAAAAUAUUAUUUAACUAUAAUACUUUGUGUCUAAAUUUAUACGUUAUUAUGUUUUUGAAAUUAAUUACUUUAUUAACAUACACGUCGAUUGUUAACUGUACACAACUUCGAUUAAUACCGGAAGAUAAAGCUAUACUAAAUGCUUUUAUUGGAGCUAUGGAUAUGUUUGAUCAGGAUUACGGUCUCGAGAUGGAACAAUUUUUAAUGCUUGUUGGUGACGAUAAUCAAACUAAACAAAUUAUUGCUCAUUACUUUGAAAUCAAUCCACAUGCACGUAAACAAACAGAUAAUUUAGGAGAAGAAUUGUUCUUUGAUCUAGUGUAUGCACUUAGUAACAAGCGUCCGGUUCCUGUAAAGGAAUUGACUGGCGGUAUAAUGAAAAUAAUUAAAAAACAUAAUGAUACUGUACGGGGAACAGCUGAAAAAGAAGAUAAGGCUGAAUCAAGUCAUAAAAAUUAA